AUGUCUGAGAAACAUGAGAUAAAAAAAAAUUUCUUUCCCUUUUAUGAGAUGCAGAAACCGAAAACCAGAAUCAAUUUGUUCACCUCUUGAUACGUUCAUUUGAUCAUCUACUGUAUUCUCACUCCACUUGAUCAAUAAACUUGGAAUAUUCGAACACCUCGGCAUUUUUCACAGAUUCGAUGAGAAGUCUAAUGAAAUCUCUACCACCAUCAAGAAGUUCUAAAGAACGGUUAAAUAUGGCAAAAUUACAUUGACAGACAUUUUAGUCCAAGUUCCACGCUAUUGCUAUGGUUACAUUUCAUUUAAAGUAGUCAAUGCCGCCACUUAACAUUAUACCUCGGAGUUCAACUUGAUGGAAGAGUUGCGAUUGGUGACUUUCCCAAGGUUACCUCGAUAAUCUCGACUUGGAGAAUGUUCCGAGGGGUUGCAAAUAUCUGCAAAUGUUGCGAAUGUAAUGUCAAAGACCGCGAAUGGUGCUAAAUAACGUGCCGUAAAUGCCACUGUCGACAUGUUAAAAGAAGUAUAAAGUCACAAUGUUUGAUUCCAAAAUGAUGAGAUAAUCGACAGCUUCAACUUCUCGACUCAUUCUUUUAAGACGAUCCAAAGAUUUGAAGCAAAGCUUUUCACCAUGAUUACGACUGGCUCUAUUCUGGCUCUAGUCGGCUUCGUUGGGGCUCUCAAUCCAAUCGCAAUUGUUCCUCAAGGCGUCGUCAAUGGCAUUCUUUCCCCCAUUCCAGGAGUCACUUUGCCUGUUGCCAAGUUUCUCGGUAUACCUUUUGCAAGACCACCUCAACGCUUUAGCCCACCUGUUGGACCAGGCUCAUUCGCAGACAAUUCAUACAACGCAACACAGCUUCAGCCAGCAUGUAUCCAGCAAUUCAACUAUCCAGAUGCUACUCGCGCCUUCACCCUAACUCUCUUCAAUAACCCACCACCUGCGUCAGAAAGUGAAGAUUGCCUAUAUCUCAAUGUAUAUGCUCCAUCUGCAGCUACUCCCGCUUCAUUACUUCCGGUGAUGGUAUGGAUUUAUGGUGGUGCUUUGCAGUUUGGCUCAGCGUCAUCUCCAUACUAUGAUGGUAGUAACAUAGCUGGAAAGCAAAAUGUGAUUGUUGUAACUUUCAACUACCGAACUAAUGUCACCAGUUAUCCAAUUUUUCCACCAUUUCGCGCAGCAAUCAUGCAAUCUGGGCAAGACAGUGUUCGGACCCUAACGGCUACACCUGGACUUGGCACUGUUUCUGGUACCUCAUCUUGGAAUGCCCUCGCUGCUGGUCUUGGUUGUUCCAAAACCGGUAGCGUGCUUGCUUGCCUACGAGCUGCCGAUGCACUCGCCAUUAAAUCUUACAUUGAGCACGCGGGACUAUCGUUCCAGCCAAUUGUAGAUAACUUAACUCGUGUUUCAAACCCCCAACUCCGGAGAGCGAAUCGCCAAAUUGCAAAUGUACCGGUACGUAUCGGCUCAAAUGCUCAGGAGGGUUCUGCUUUCGUUUAUGGACAAAGCAAUAUUACAGCAGCUUUGCAAACACUAGUUCCGGGCAACGCCACACUACAGGCUGAAGUUUUUGCUACGUAUCCUGUCGGCCAAGAUGGAUUGAACACAUCAGCCGCUGUCGUCGAACAAAUUUAUACCGAUAUAAUAUUCCAAUGUCCUGGUGCUACUGUCGCAAAUUCAAGCUCCGCCGCCGGUUACCCUACCUUCCGUUAUUACUACAAUGCAACCUUUGCAAACAUCCAACCAGUCCCAGGUCUCGGCGCUUAUCACUCCUCAGAAAUUCCUCUCGUCUUCGGUAACUUACCCGCAAACUCUACCGCAGCCGAAAAAAGCCUAAGUGUCUUGAUCCAAAAGUCAUGGGCCGAUUUCGCCAAAAAUCCUCAAGCGGGUCCAGGAUGGACUAAAUUGAAUGUCAAUGCAGGUGUUAAUCAGGUUGCUGUGUUCAAUGUUAAUGGGUUGGGAAGCGUGAAUGGAGGAGCACUGGACAAGCGGUGUGCUGUUUUCAAAUAUGAUUUGGGAGGGUUCUAGGGAGAUAGAUACAUUACAUAAUUCUAUCAAUAUUCUGGACCUGGGAUUUAUUGCUAUCAUGUAUUGUCGUGUGUUCUCACGAUGUGCACUACACUAUACCAGUGGCUUGGUUCGCAACUAGCUCCGAGAAGAUUGCGUACACCUUGCACAUACAUGCAUAUAUAUAUACAGCACAGGUGAGACAGAAAGUAUUGAUACACC